CACCACCUGCAUCCAACAAACAUUUAUUAUUGCUCUGUGUGAACAAAACCAUAACUUCCCUUAAACGAUAAACGAAGAAGAAGACCAAAAGAAAGAGAGAACCAAACACAACCAUUGUCUUUCAGAGAUGAGAAGUAGCAAUCACUUGAUAGGUUUACUAAACUUCUUAACUUUCUUGCUCUCAAUACCAAUUCUGGGUGGUGGGAUAUGGCUAAGCAGCAGAGCCAACAACACAGACUGCUUAAAAUUCUUGCAGUGGCCACUGAUCGUCAUUGGGGUCUCUAUUAUGGUCAUCUCUUUAGCUGGUUUCGCCGGCGCGUGUUAUAGGAACACGUUCUUGAUGUGGCUAUACCUCUUUGUCAUGUUCUUUAUCAUCGCAGCACUCAUAGGGUUCAUCAUCUUUGCAUAUGCAGUGACAGAUAAAGGGUCAGGGCGGCCGGUGACGAACAGAGGAUAUUUGGAUUAUUAUCUGCAGGAUUACUCAGGUUGGCUGGAGGAGCGUGUGGCUAGUGAUAGUUACUGGAGCAAGAUUAGUUCUUGUAUUAGAGACUCAAAGAUUUGUGCCAAGAUGGGAGUCACCAUUAAUGGUGUCCCUGAAACUGCUGAUAUGUUUUAUCAAAGGAAGCUUAGUCCUAUUCAGUCUGGUUGCUGCAAGCCUCCUACUGACUGCGGUUUCACCUAUGUGAAUGAAACUGCAUGGACAUAUGGAGGAGGGGUUGUUUACAACACUGACUGUAACAACUGGAGUAAUGAUCAACAGCAGCUGUGUUAUUCUUGCAACUCUUGCAAGGCUGGAGUGCUUGGCAGCCUGAGAAAAAGCUGGAGGAAGGUGUCAGUAAUUAACAUCAUUGUAUUAAUCAUCCUAGUCAUUGUUUAUGUGAUAGGCUGUGCAGCCUUCAGGAACAAUCGCCGGAUAGAUAAUGAUGAACCCUACGGUGAAGCAAGGAUGACAAAGGCACAACCUAGUAGAAUCCAUCUCUAAAUGAAGUGAAAUUUAUGUUUGGAUGCUUGGUAUGUUAAGGAUGUAUUUUAUGGUUCUGAUGAUCUUAUUUAGGACUGGUAAUCUUUGACUUAAGUACACUUAAUAGUGUUGUAAAUUAGAAGAUUGAGCAAUGAAAAAUCUUUUUCUUCUA